UUUUGGAGGACUGCACGGGACAAAUACCCCCUGAAACGGACAAAAUCACGACACUAAAAUGGCAACAAACUGGCUAGGACUGCUGUCCAUAGGAGUGUUUUACAUCAUCAUACUGGGCACAGGGAUCUGGGCAUCCAGGAAGUCCAAACGUGAAGAGAAGAAGUGCUCUGGCACCUGCAGCGAAGUGACAAUGGUGGGAGGGCGGAACCUAAGCGUAUGCGUCAGCGUGUUUACGAUGACAGCCACAUGGGUGGGAGGAGGUUAUAUCUUGGGUAAUGCUGAAAUUGUCUACAAUCCAACAAAGGGGUUGGUGUGGGCAAUCGGACCUAUUGCAUUCGUCAUGAACCUCAUUAUAGGUGGACUCUUCUUUAUAAAACCCAUUCACUCGAAGAACUACGUGACCCUCAUGGACCCAUUUCAAGAGAAAUAUGGCCAAACUGUAGGUGCUGUUCUGUUCAUUCCUGCACUCCUAGGGGAUAUUUUGUGGGUAGCAUGCAUUCUUGGUGCGCUGGGUGGCACAGUAAGUGUGGUCAUGGAUAUACAUCCUUCGAUGUCUGUGGGAAUAUCUGCAGCUGUGGCAGUCCUUUACACAUUAAUGGGAGGAUUGUACUCUGUGGCUUACACUGAUGUCAUCCAGCUCAGCUUCAUGCUUAUUGGUUUGUGGCUGUGUGUGCCCUUCAUUUUGAUAAGUCCCCACUCUGCUAACUUCACGAUUGCUGCAGUAUCCAAGCUUCACCAGGAACCUUGGAUUGGCAAGCUGGAGCUGGAAGACAUAGGUUGCUGGAUCGAUGAAUUGCUGCUACUGGGCAUUGGAGGAAUCUGCUACCAGGCUUUCUAUCAGAGAGUCUUAUCCAUAGCCACUCACACCAAAGCUAGGACCACCUGCUUUGCUGCAGCAGCAUUAUGCCCAAUUCUUGGCAUCCCGUCACUCAUCAUUGGGGCAGUGGCAGCAUCUACCAAUUGGAACCAGACCACGUAUGGGUCACCCAGUCCAUACGAAGAGGGCAAAGCUGGCAUGAUCUUGCCAAUUGCCCUUCAGCAUCUUUGUCCCUUCUACAUCUCAGUGAUUGGUGUAGGAGCACUUGCCGCGGCUGUGAUGUCAUCAGCUGACUCUGCACUUUUGUCUUCCUCCUCUUACCUGGGCCGAAACAUCUUCAAGAAUGUGAUUUACAAACAGGCAUCAGAAAAAUCUAUUGUUGUGGUGAUUAAGGUGUCGGUUGUCCUGUGCGGACUGAUGGGAGCAGGCCUGGCCAUGAUAUCAAGCGGGUGAACAAGUAUGGAGCCUGCUCUGGUUUUGUUUUGGGUCUACUACUGAGAACGCUGGUUGGGGAACCUCUGAUAGGCCUUCCUGACGUGCUGCCACUGCCGUGGGACAAGAUCCAGGAGGAAGGCC